UUUUGACAUUUUCAAGAAAGUGGGUGUUCAGCAUUGUAAUCGAACAAAUAAACAAUAUUCUUCAUUACAAAGAACCGUAAUGAUCUCUUGAAGCUCUAGAGAUGGAGGGCUUACCUUCAGGAGAUAUACAGGCAAAGUACCAAAAGUUGGCAUCUGAAUAUUCAAAGUUAAGAGUUCAUGUGAAGGUUUUAAAAAAAGGAGUUCUAGAUGAGCAAGCUAAGUCGAAUGAACUGAGGGAAGUAUUAAAAUCUAAGGAGAAAGUUAUAAGGCAAGAUGAAUUAGAAAUAGAUUCAUUGACUUUUAGAAAUCAGCAAUUGACGCGUCGCGUGUCCGUCCUUCAGGAUGAGCUCGAUGCUUUGCAGAAUAAGUUAAGUAAGAAAACAAAAAGUAAAAGUGAUGAAAAACAAUCAACCAGCUCUGUGCCUGCACCACUCGAUUCUGGUCUGCUGCAGGAGGAGCUACAAAAGAAGAUUAUUGAAAAUGCACAGCUUGCAUCACAGCUUUCAGAUAAGACUUUUGAAGUGGCUCAACUCAGAGCCUCCUUAGAAGACUAUCAAAAACACUUUAAUGAAAGUGAAAGUAGAUAUAAAUGUGAGAUAGCUAAACUGAAGAAUAAAAACCAGGAGAUACAAUUUACAUUAGAAGAGUUGCAGAAAGAUAGAAGUGGCAACAGAGCUGUACCUACAGGCAGUCAAGCAAGUUGUAACGGUGACUUCUUGUCAGAGGCUGGUAGUCUGAUUGGCAGUGAGGAUGCUCUUAGUUCUGUAGAUGAGUUAAACAUCAAUGAACAGCUCAGUACAAAAGCACUCACUUUAGAUCAGGAGAAUCAGAAACUUCGAAUGGAGUACGAGAUUUUGCAGAUGGAGAAUGAAAGCCUUAAAUUAGAAAUAGCAAAGCAUGUGUCUGCCGCUCAGAAGAGGAAAGGAGAGAGUCAUGAUUCUGGAGACUUCAAUACAUUCAAUGAGACCUCGAUGGAUGCAGAGGGAAGGAUGACGGGACUCCUUGGUAGUUUAGAGGUCCCGUUCCUUCUGAACCAUGAGGUGCAGGUACGUGAGGAACGCGUGAAGCAGUACUUCCGCAGCAGGUUGAGCGCCGCGCACGCGGACCGCGACCUUCUCAACAGCAAGACUGAACAUUAUAUUAAUGAGUGUGAGAUGCUGCGACUGCGUUUCGAAGAGAUGGAACGCCAGAGAGAGACUGACGCGCAUACGAUUGAGGAGAAACACAACACUAUUAGCAGAUUGGAGGAGGAGCUGCAUUCGACGUCGCACAACUACGAGCAGCAGAUGUCGGUGCUAACGGAGCACGUGGCUGGACUCAACGAGCAGCUGGCGCGACAGCACGACCAGCUCGAGAUGCUCAGGCACCAGCUCGCCACGCGCAGGAAGUGACGUCAUAUCAUCACCACAACACCACACCACAAUGUGACUAACCAGCAAUAAUACAUUGGAGAACUUAACUUAAAAUGCGACCAAAGUCGCGUGUCGACUAAAGUUGCGGACCAAAGUCUACGAACUGGAAUGUUAGGCAGUCGCAUGUAAUAGGUAGACAUACUUACACUUUCCCUUCAUGUAAGUAAUUAUCAACCUAAAAUGAGCAAAAAGUAACAACGAUAGAACCGAUUUGUUUAAAAAAACCGAUAAACCAAAUCAUGUAAUCGAUUAAAAUUGAAUCGAUUUUUAUUGUUUGACAUCCCUAAAGUUCCGACAUCUGUCAAAUCGGAAAAUAUGUGUUGCUAGAUAGAAAUAUUUAAUCCGUUCAAAAGUUUUAUUAUUCCAAUAAGAGUGAUUAAAUUGCUGUUUAAAUGUAUUUGAAAUCAUGAGUUGUAGAAUUUUG